AUGGACCAUGUAUACAAGAGCCAGCUACAAUCAUAUGCGCUGAAACAGAAUAUGGAACUACCGUCUUACGCAGCGGAGAGACAAGGGCCUGCUCAUGCUCCUCUUUUCCGUUGUAAAGUGACAGGAGUUGAUGUUGCAUACAAGAACCUGUUACAAGAAAUUGCUCAGAAAGACAAUUCUCUUCUACCUGUUUAUGCAACUGCUACUUCUGGUCCAUCGCAUUCGCCUGUUUUCACCUCUACUGUUGAGUUUGGUGGGAAGGUUUUCAGAGGAGAAGAAGCAAAAACCAAAAAGCUGGCCGAAAUGAGUGCCGCAAAAGUGGCAUUCAUGAGUCUCAAACAUGGGCAGCCGAACCAGACCUCGUCACCUUCUUCGCCUUGUGAGAGACAAGAAGCUGCAAAUUCAAAGAGUGUACAAGCGACCCCUUCACAACCUUCCAAGAUGGUGACCCCUGAUGUCCCAUCAAAGUGGAUUGAGGUUUACCAAGAUGAAGCUCUUGAUGCACCAGCCAAUAGUGUUAAGGAGGUAAACAGUACUGCUUUGCCUGUGGCUACUCAUCCUACGAACGAUGCUUCUCUGACUGCACCAGCUACUAAAGAUGUGGAGAUGACUGCUUAUUCGGCUAUGCCUCAGAAUCCGGUAAACGAUGGUAAAGGAACAUCAUCAUCAUCAUCAUCAUCAUCAUGUGUAGAAGAUGGUGAGAAGCAGCUCAUAAUGGGAAGUGGCCACCAGAGUAUACCAAGUGGGCAACAUGUAGUGUGUCGUCCAUGGAACCCCGAGAUGACUCUUCCUCAAGACGCGGAGAUGCUCUUUAGGGAUGAUAGAUUCAUUGCUUAUCGUCUCGUGAAGCCCUAA